GGCUAUAGCCACUGCCACCACCUUCCCCACCACCACCACCACCAACUCCAUACCUCCUUAUAAUUCUUCCAUAAAAGCCUCACUCUCACUUCUGCUACUUCUCCUUUCUACUUCCACUUGCUCUGCGCAUCAACCCUUCACUACCACCGUCCACGGCGGUGCUUAAUUCCAUAUCCUUUUUUCUUUUCGUUUAUUUUUUUUAGAUAGUGUAGUUAGAACUAGAGGAAACAAAAAGCAUGGGGUGCACUGCAUCCAAGCUGGACAACGAGGACACGGUCCGCCGGUGCAAGGACCGGCGCCACCACAUGAAAGCUGCCGUCUACGCCCGCCAUCACUUGGCAGCUGCUCACUCCGACUACUGCCGCUCCCUCAUCCGAACCGGCUCGGCCCUCUCCACUUUUGCAGCUGGAGAACCACUCGCCGUCUCCGACCGCACCGCUCCGGUAUUCCUUCGCAGCCCCUCCUCCUCCUCCACCACCACAGCUACCAUAAAACCCCUCGUCCCCCGCCUCCGCACGCCACAUCCCUUCUCCAUCCCCAUCCGCCUCCCUACGCCACCACCCUCAACCCCCACCCCAGCCCGAGUACUCCCCCUCCAUUUCCUCCUCAAAACUCCCCACAUCCUCUCCUCCUCCCAUCAACAACGUCGGAAAAAACCCAUCAAGCUCCCCCACAUUCUCUCGGAUUCCAGUUUCACUUCUUCGCCCACCCAGAAAGCCCCUCACGAUUUUAACGACAAUCCAUUCUUUACCUACAAUGCAAAAGCGAAUUCCAGCUACACGAACACUCCUUCCCAGACGUCGUCCGUAUGGAACUGGGAGAAUUUCUACCCGCCAUCUCCUCCUGACUCCGAAUACUUUGAGCAAUUGAACAAUAAAAGGUCCAACCGUCCUGCUGCCCACAGGGACAAUGGGAGUGACAUGGAUGAGGUACAUGAUGAUGAAGAUGAGAAGGGUUCAAGAUAUAGUACGUCUCAUUCGAAUUAUUCGAACCAUCAAUCCCAUAAUCAGCAGCAGGGUAUUAACAACAAUAAGCAAUUCGACUUUUUUGACGAUGAUAAGGCCUCUAGUUACUCUUCUUACUCGAGUUACUCGCGAAAUGAGAAGAAUGAUUUUGGGAAGCCAGGUAAACUCGGUAGAAAAGUUGUUAGUGGUAAUUCUCCGCAUCAUCUCAAUAGAUGGGAUAGUGAGGAGGAGGAGGAGGAAGAUAGGGAGACUGAGAGAGAGACAGAGAGGGAGGAAGUUCAGUGUAGUGAGUGGGGGGACCACGAUCAUUAUAGCACAACAACUUCAUCAUCAUCUGAUCAUGAGGAGUCUAGAUCUGGGAUAGGGAUAGGGACCAGGUCGAAUAUGGGGUCGAAAAAUGGAGCUGGAAAUGGUGUUGCUGCUGAUGCUAAUGUUAAUUCUGGUGGUAAAAUGGCAUUUGAUUCGGGUGUGGAGUUGGGUCAUGCUGUGUUUCAGGGUAAAGCAGAGAAGUUUUCGACAGCUGACGGGUCGUCGACUGCUAGCUGGGGGAAUAAUGGGAAAGGGGAUAGAGAGAUUGUCUCUGAUAGGAGAAUUGCAGUGAGGCACAAGGAUUUGGCUGAGAUUGGGGCUGCAAUCAAGAUGUAUUUUGAUCAAGCUGCAGCUGCUGGUGGGCAGGUUUCUGCGAUGCUGGAAACCGAAAGAGCUCAGCUUGAUCGGAGCUUCACCAAGCUUAAAAAGACGGUUUAUCAUUCAAGUGGAGUUUUCAGUAACUUAAGCUCCAGCUGGACUUCAAAGCCACCAAUAGCUGUUAAGUACAAAUUUGAACCAGGCUCCCUCGAGGAAUCAGGAGGUUCGAAUAGCCUUUGUUCCACUUUAGAAAGACUCUUGGCUUGGGAAAAGAAACUUUACCAGGAAGUGAAGGCUAGAGAAGGUGUGAAGAUUGACCAUGAAAAGAAGUUAUCAGCGCUCCAAAGUCAAGAGUACAGAGGGGAUGAGGAAGCCAAGUUGGACAAGACCAAGGCCUCUAUCAAGAGACUGCAAUCUCUAAUUCUGGUCACAUCUCAGGCUGUGUCUACUACCUCCACAGCCAUUGUUGGUCUUAGGGACUCUGAACUUGUUCCCCAGCUCGUUGGACUCUGCCAUGGGUUCAUGUACAUGUGGAAAUCAAUGAACCAAUAUCAUGAGGUUCAGUAUGAUAUUGUACAGCAAGUCCAGGGCCUUGUCAACCGAACAACCCAAGGUGAAUCAACCUCUGACCUGCAUAGACAAGCAACACGGGAUCUCGAGUCUGCGGUGUCUGCGUGGCACUCUAGUUUCUGCCGCUUGAUGAAAUUCCAAAGGGAAUUCAUCCGCUCCCUCCAUGAAUGGUUCAAGCUCACUUUUCUCCCUGUCAGCAGUGAACAAACUAACGGCAACAGGGAACAUUCUGAAGUUUUUGCCUUCUGUGAUGAGUGGAAGCUCGCCCUUGACCGUAUACCUGACACGGUUGCAUCUGAAGCUGUCAAAAGUUUCAUAAACGUUGUCAAUUCAAUAUCUUUGAAACAAAGAGAGGAGCUCAAAAUCAGGCGAACUGAAUCUGCAUCCAAAGAGCUCGAGAAAAAGGCAUCGUCCCUCAGGAACAUAGAAAAGAAAUAUUACAACUCGUACUCCAUGGUUGGCAUUGGCCUUCCUGAUACUGGCCCUGAUAAUUGGCAUGCUUUGGAUGCACGUGACCCUCUAGCUGAGAAAAAGCUUGAGCUUGCAGCUUGCCAGAGGCGAGUUGCAGAUGAGAUGCUGAAGCACUCCAAGGCAGUUGAGGUGACUCGGUCGAACACUUUGAACAACAUCCAGACAGGGUUGCCAGGUGUUUUCCAAGCCAUGACCAGCUUUUCUGCCAUGAUCGCUGGGGCACUUGAAGCAGUUUGCACGCAUUCCUAUGCUAUAAGAUAGAUGAGAUUCUAUUGAAAAGUGUUACUAUACUAUAUUCCUUUAUUCCCUGGUCCAGGUCUCGUAGGAACUAGAAAAGGCUUGCAUUUUUCCACGGCAGGCUCUUUUCUUCUUUUGCAAUUUUUUGGCUUUUUUGUCUCGUGAUGCUUUGCGUUUUGUGUCGUAAACAUGUAGAUAUCUUGAAUUUUGCAAUUUUGUCACCGUUUUGUUCGUGGGAGGGGAAUGAAUACAUUUGUACAGGAAGGUGCUUGAACUAUUUGUAUCAGAGGUAAAACGUUAAUAGCAGAUGAAUAAAUCUAUUUAUUGCAAUUUGCAACUGCCA